AUGGCUGUUGCUGAGAAUGUUGGGGCAAAAAUCGGCUCUUCGAAUCAGAGUUUGGAUAGCGGUAUAGUGUCUGCGGAAGCGAGUGAGGUCGAGAAAACGAGAAGCGAUCAGAAUCUGGACAACGGGCAUCAAGAGAGAGUUCCCAGCUCUAUGACAGUUCCUAACGGAAAUUACAGCUAUAAAACUCAGAUGCACGCAAAUGGGAUGAACAAAGAUGCGUAUGGUAUGAACGGGGUUAUGAGUGGGGAGAAUGGGGGUGAGAGUUUCAAGCGUGACAUGAGGGAUUUGGAAGAGCUUUUGUCAAAGCUGAACCCCAUGGCUAAGGAAUUUGUGCCCCCAUCCCUAACCAAUACUCAUGGUUUUUUAGCUGGACCAAAUGCUGGGUUUGGUUACACUAACAAUUUUAUGCUGCCUAAUAAUUUUGGCAAUACUAAUGGACAAACUAACAAUAGAAGGAGGAAGAAUGGCUAUAAUCCUGGGAAGCGAAGAGUGAAUCAUAAAAUGGAUAUGGAGAAAAGAGAAGAGAUGAUUAGGAGGACCGUUUAUGUGUCUGACAUUGAUCAACUGGUUACUGAAGAGCAGUUGGCAGCACUCUUUCUGAACUGUGGCCAGGUUGUUGAUUGCCGUGUAUGUGGAGAUCCUAACUCUAUUCUUCGGUUUGCAUUCAUUGAGUUUACAGAUGAAGAUGGAGCAAGGGCUGCCUUGAGCUUGUCUGGUACCAUGCUUGGAUAUUACCCGCUGAGAGUGCUGCCUUCAAAAACUGCCAUCGCACCUGUGAAUCCAACAUUUUUGCCUAGGUCUGAAGAUGAAAGGGAGAUGUGCUCAAGAACAAUUUAUUGCACAAAUAUCGACAAGAAGCUUACUCAAGCAGAUGUCAAACACUUCUUUGAAUCUAUUUGUGGAGAGGUUCAGCGCUUGAGGCUUCUUGGGGAUUACCAUCAUUCAACUCGAAUUGCAUUUGUUGAGUUUGCACUGCCAUGGGUAGAAACUGUAAAUAUGUCUCUCAUCAACAGAUUUGAUGAAGAUUUGGUCUCUUCUCAGUCUUCUCACGCAAUUUCAAACUCACCUCAACCUCCUGGUCUUCAAUUCGAUGGAGCCAUACUCAAACUUGCUGUUGACUCUGCUGAGAGUGCAAUUGCUGCCCUGAGCUGUAGUGGUGUGAUAUUGGGUUCACUGCCUAUAAGGGUAAGUCCAUCAAAGACACCUGUCCGCCCUCGUGCUCCCCGAUCCUCUGUGCACUGA